CAUCAAUACAACAGGAAAAUACUACAAAAAAAAAAAAAAAUGAAUGAAGUUAUGAAUAAUCUGUUUUACAAACUUCACCUUGAAGGCAGGGACCAAAAUAAACUGAGACCAGCAGAUGUUCUUCUGGUAACUGAACAUUCAUUACAGUCCCAUAAAUCUUGUGCUGAAGAGCAAUUGAUUCAGACUUUCAUACAAAAACUACUGAUGAUGGACUACAGAGCAAGACACAUUAAAACUGAAGAGACCAAUAAACAGCAUCACAAACAACAAAUAGACCCAUCUGAGAAAAUGAGUGAAAAUUCGUAUGAUUUUUUUGAAAGAAUGUCUUUUUCUAACAGAGUAACAAGCCAAUCUGAGCUAAUCCACCCGAUGGAUGUUCAGAUGGCCGUGUUUCAUUGUGCUGAUGGUUUACUGAAGCAGCUGAUGGUGACUAAACUGUCCCAGUGUCAGUACGCUCUGCCUCUGCUUGUUCCUGAUCCAUUCGCACGACAGAUUGAGUUUCCUCUCUGGACAUUCAGACAAAUCAACAAGAGCUGGAAGACAAGAAAUGCCAACAAUGAAACCAUCAGUCAAAUCCAGCCUAUUUACAAGGCAAAAACUCCCAUGGUGUCUUUCUUCAGGUUUGGCUCUGUGUCUUCAUCCAAGUCUCAUCUGAUGAACAGUCUGAUCAAUGACAAACACAACACUUUCUUCCACAGGAACUGUCCAGGCAGCAGCAGAACCAGAGUCCUGAUGGAUGGAGUGGUGGAGAUCACCUGGUUCUGCCCCUCUGGAACAAAUGAUGAUAAAUUCACUGACUGUGUUGCGUUCUGUAAUCUACACGGUGAUGCAGGAGACCAUGAGAAACAGCUGCAGAUCCUCACUGAAAUGGCCUCAGUCAAUGUUGUUAUUCUACCACAACUUCAGAGGAAUGACAGAAACACAACAAUAAUUGAAAACCUAUACAAAGACUCAAAGCCACUCAUUUGUCUUUUUACUGAAGAUGAAUCGACUAUGUUUGAGAUGGAAACAAGAAAAUAUAAGAUUGGUUUGAAAGACAGAAAUCAGUCAGAUGUAUCUGAAGAACUCAGAGGAGCUAUAAAUGAUUGUCUCUCUCAAUCAUUUUCCACUUUCAGACUUGAAGAUGUGUCCAAACACUCAGACAUCAGAGUAGAUGAGGAAGAUGAUGAUGCCUGCAGGAGAGGAAGAGAAGCAGCACAGCAGAUGAUGAGUUUACUGCAGAAGAAAGAUCUGACUGAAAUCAAAGAAUCAUUUCUGCCUCAUCAGGGGAAACUGUGGCAUCAGUGGUGCCAGAAGAACAAAGAGCUACAUCGACCUAAAGCAGAUAAGAUAGAAAUGGACAUCAGUAGAAAACAAAUAGAAAUGAAGAUAAUUCGUGAACAGCAGCAUGAAUCUGACAUCAGUGAGUUUAUGAAGCUAUUCAUUAAACAAAUGAACUCACAUGAUAAACAUGAGAAGAUGUUUUUCCUUAAUUGGCUCAGAAUUCUUCUGGAUAAAUAUACCUCAGCUGACCUUUAUGCUCUAUAUCAUAAAUAUGAUGAAAAAUGGUCAUUGGUUGUACAACUGAAAGAAAAUUGUGAUUAUGAAUCUGAUCAUCUUAAAGCUGAACAAACUGAACUUGAGAAAAUAUCUGAGGAAAUUCAGGCUGCAGCCUUUGGUUUGGAGCACCUCAUAAGGGAGAUCGGUCAGAUCUAUGAAUCAUGUUCAUCUGUGAAGAAGAACAAGAAAGACCUGCAGUUUGACUUCUCUUCUCUCACGAGUCUUGCAGCAGAGAUGAUGAUCUCUGGAUUUCCACUGGAGCUAAUGGAUGGAGAUGCUGCUCAUGUUCCUGUGAUCUGGAUCUCUGCUGUUCUAGAUCAACUCAUCCAGAAACUGGGAAACCAGAGAGUCUUUGUGCUGUCAGUUUUAGGGAUCCAGAGCUCUGGGAAAUCCACCAUGCUGAAUGCCAUGUUUGGACUCCAGUUUGCUGUCAGUGCUAGCAGGUGCACCAAAGGAGCUUUUAUGCAGCUGGUCAAAGUGUCAGAUGAGAUGAAAAAACAACUGAACCUUGACUAUAUUCUGGCUGUUGACACUGAGGGGCUUCAUGCUCCAGAACUGGCUGGAAAAUCAACAAGACAUCAUGACAAUGAAAUGGCAACAUUUGUUGUAGGUCUUGGAAAUUUGACAUUGAUCAAUAUCUUUGGAGAAAAUCCAUCUGAGAUGCAGGACAUUCUUCAGAUUGUUGUUCAGGCUUUCCUGAGGAUGAAGAAGGUCAGACUGAAUCCUAGCUGUGUGUUUGUGCAUCAAAACGUUUCAGACGUCACGGCUGGAGAGAAAAACAUGGAGGGAAGGAGACGACUGCAGAAGACACUGGAUGAGAUGACAAAACUCGCUGCUAAAGAUGAAGCCUAUGAUGCAGAAUGUUUCAGCGAUGUCAUUAGAUUUGAUGUUCAUAAAGAUGUGAAGUAUUUUGCUCAGCUCUGGGAGGGCAGCCCACCAAUGGCACCACCAAACCCAAACUACUGUGAGAAUAUUGAAGAACUAAAGAAAACGAUUAUGUCUCAUGCCUCAAAAUCACAUGGAAUGAUGCUGAAAGACUUAAAAGAUCACAUUAAAGAUCUCUCGGAGGCUUUAUUGAAUGAACAAUUUCUCUUCAGCUUCAGAAAUACUCUGGAGAUUUCAGCCUACAGAAAACUGGAGACUGAAUACAGCAAGUGGUCCUGGAGUCUUUGCAGUGCCAUGAUGGAAACUGAGAACAAACUACACAACAAAAUAGAAAAUGAAGCAAUUCAUGAGGUUGAGGAAACUGAUCUUCAUAAGAUCAAGAAGACAAGUGAAGAAGUAAAAAAAAUAAUGUCAGAUUUCUUUGAGAAAUACACUGGUGCAGAUAUACUGAUUCAGUGGAAAACAUCAUUUGAAAUCAAAAUCAAAGAGCUUCAGGAAAACAUUGUGAGAGAAACAAAGAGGAAAUUAAAUGAGAUUCUUCAGCAGCGAGAACUGAAGAAAAAGAUUGAUGAUCAAAAGACACAUCAUGAAAACACUCUCUAUGAAAAGAGCAAAGAACUUGCCUUAAAAUUCAAAGACAAAACAAAUGAUGAAGAAACACUGAAGAAAGAGUUUGAUUUGUUUUGGGAACAGAGUGUGAAGAUGAUCAUCAGAGACACUCCUGCAAUUAAAGACACUGACAUAAUGAGAGAUGCAAGAGAGAUGCUUAGUAACAUUGAUGAAGGACAUCUCAGUGUUGACCACUGCAGUGAGUACAAUGAUAUUUUCUCUGUGACAAGUUAUUCUGAAUAUAUCAUUUACAAACAGUGGUCAAAAAAUGAUAUUAUGGAGGCUGCAAAUGAUCCUUGUGCAACAGUAAAAGAAUUAUCUGAAACCCAAAUAGGAAAAUUAGUCACAGAUGUUGUUCAGCGGACAGACAAAAUGAUUAAGUCGUUUAACAUUUCAAAGAUGGGCUACAACAGCAGCUACAUUAAACAACUCAUAGAUUAUAUAAAGGCAAGAGUAACAGAACAUCAGGAAGGACGAGUGAAAUAUGUGCUCAAGAAUGAAUUCUUCAGGGAUUUGGUUCUUUCCAUCUGUAUGAGAGCAAACAAGAUGAUCACUGACCAACACAGGAUGUUUAGAGAAGCCAAUGAUCCUGUAAUAUAUGUUGAGAAGAAGAGAGAAGAGUACUAUAGUAUUUUCCAGAAAUACUGCCAUGGAGCAACAUCAGCUGUUAUUUUUGGUGAGAUCAUCUGUCAGAAACUUAAAGAGCCCAUUGAGCAGAGUGUCUACAAGAAGACUGCCAGAGAUCUGACAGAUGAAAUGAGAUCAAACUGUGAAUCACUGAAUGGAAACAGAUCAAAUCUGGAGAAACACAUCCUGAAGACACUGGUAGAAGAGGAGGAUUUUGACAAAUAUAUGAACUACAUUCAUAAUCCAAGAGAUCACUUCAAGAGUUUCAUCAGAGAUGAAGUCAGUCGGUACAUCACUGAUAAGUUCAGUGUCAGUGUUUUACCCAAGAUGAAGGAAAACAUUGAACUCCUGCAGCAGAAGAUCAUGAAAGCAGCACAUGAAUCUACUGAACACGUUCAAGUCAACAGUGGAGAAGUUGGUUUGUGGUUGAAGAGUUUCACACAACAGCUCUCAGAUGAGCUGAUCUUCUCUGAAAAAGUCUUCAGUGGGUUCAAACAUGAUGAUGUUGAUGAUUUUAACCUCCUAGAAAAUGUGAUAAAACAAGAACUUACUGCUAUAACUGGCAUCAGCAGUAGAUUCAGCACAGAGACAUUUCCAGCAAAUCUAGAUUAUAAAUUCAGGCCAGAUGAGCUUCUGAUUGAUCACUUCUGUCAGUGCUGUUGGAUUCAGUGUCCAUUCUGUAAAGCCACCUGUACCAACACCAUAGAAAACCAUCACGGAGAUCACAGUGCUCCUUUCCAUCGUAUUACUGGACUAAAAGGGAUGAAGUACAGGAAUACAACAAACUUGUCUAUAAGCAUCUGCACAUCAGCAGUAGUAAGUGAUCGACCUUUUUAUCCCAAUGACUCAGAUGAAACAGUCCUCUGGAGAGAGUACAGAACAGCAGGAGGCAUUUAUGCAAACUGGAGCAUCACCCCUGAUCUCUCUGAGCUGCCCUACUGGAAGUGGUUUGUGUGCACAUUUCAGAAAGAUCUAGAAAAGCACUACACUGCAUUGUUUGAGGAGUGUGGUCGUAUACCAGAUGAAUGGAAAAAUUACUCAAAACAAAAAGCUCUUGAGAGUUUGGAUCAAUACAUUUAAUUGAACAAAUGAAAUACAUUUUCUUUUAGGUCUUUUAUGAGUUAUCUUGUAUCCACUCAAGUCUACAAAAGCUAUGUACACACAAAUGUAGCAGAAUUGUCUGUGUUUGUGGAAUGUUAACUUUUGUUAAUGUCAGAAUGCAUGCAGACUGAGUUUCUAUUGUCUCAGUAGCUGUGCCUGAAAUGGCUGCAUCAGGAAAGCUGAAAUAAGUUGCCUCUGCACUACAGAGAUAGCAUGGAGAGUUUUGAAUGCAUCAUUAGUACCUUUAUUUGCAAAUGCUGCCUGAGAAGUCAUUGCCUUAAAUGCAGUGAGGCAACAAGUCAGUUUUCAUAUAUACUAUGUGAAAACAGUAUCAUAUCCUCCACCACAUAU